CCCUCUGUUCUCUACAAAAACCCUCAUCUCUCAUCCAGGAGUGGUUUGUGUGUCAGAGUGAAACACCUGCAUCUGAGGUCUGAAUUAGAUCCAGCAACAUCUUAUCAGCACAGUCGGAUGACAUCACUUCCUGUUCCUGCUCCAACUCCACUAAGUGAUGUUAAGUCCUCAGUUGGUCCUCCAGGCUCAGCACUGAUGGUCACCAUGAUCAGACUUCUCACUAUCUUCUCUGUUCCUUUGUUCUGGAUUACAGGAGUGUCACUCAGUCAAGAGGUGAACCAAACUCCCUCUACUCUCCUGGGGAAGCCAGGAGCGAAGAUUCAACUGAGCUGCAGUCAUAACAUUCCAAGUUACUACAUGAUUCUCUGGUACCAGCGCUCAGUGGGAGACACUGCUCUGAAACUAAUAGCGUAUGUUUCAUACAAAAGUCCCACUGUUGAGUCUCCAUAUCAGGGCAUGUUCAAUGUGACUGGAGAUGGUGCGAAACUAGCCUACCUUCAUUUCCUCAAACUGAGGCAACCUGAAGAUGAUGGACAAUAUUUCUGUGCAGCCAGCUACACAGUGGUGGAGUUACAGCUCAACAAGUCCUCCAGCACCAGACUGGGGGUGAAGUCUUGUUCUGGAUCAACCAGAGCUCAGAGCUCCUCAGAGUCCCUGAACAUUUCUGGACUGGGAGUCAACAUGAUUACAUGUCUCAGAGGCACAGUGAUUUUCUUCAUCCUGACCGGUGUGUGUCAGACUGUGGAGGUCCACCAGACUCCCUCUGAUCUCCUCAGCAGAGAUGGAGAUACUGUGCAGCUCGUCUGCACCCACGACCAGGCUGACUACAGAGUGAUGCUCUGGUACUUCCAGAAACCAGGGGACACAGCGCUCACACUCAUUGGAUAUAUUUACUUUCAGAGUCCCACAUAUGAGGGUUCAUACAACAAAUAUUUUACAAUGACGGGUGAUUUCAGUGGGAGUGGAACCAAGAAGGGCUUUCUGUCUAUUAGAAGCCUGUCUAUGUCUGAAGAUAGUGCAGUUUAUUACUGUGCUGCUAGCAAAGCACAGUGCUGCAGAUCCCCUCUGUUCUCUACAAAAACCCUCCUCUCUCCUCCAAGAGUGGUUUGUGUGUCAUAGUGAAACACCUGCAUCUGAGGUCUGAAUUAGAUCCAGCAACAUCAUAUCAGCACAGUCGGAUUACAUCAUUUCCUGUUCCUGCUACAACUCCAGUAAGUGAUGCUAAGUCCUCAGUUGGUCCUCCAGGCUCAGCACUGAUGGUCACCAUGAUCAGACUUCUCACUAUCUUCUCUGUUCCUUUGUUCUGGAUCACAGGAGUGUCACUCAGUCAAGAGGUGAACCAGACUCCCUCUACUCUACUACUGACAUGAGAGUCAGGUUGUUGAGCGGUUAGGGAAUCGGGCUAGUAAUCUGAAGGUGGCCAGUUCGAUUCCCGGCUGUGCCAAAUGACGUUGUGUCCUUGGGCAAGGCACUUCACCCUACUUGCCUCGGGGGAAUGUCCCUGUACUUACUGUAAGUCGCUCUGGAUAAGAGCGUCUGCUAAAUGACUAAAUGUAAAUGUAAAUGUACUCUCCUGUGGAAGCCAGAAGAGAAGAUCCAACUGAGCUGCCGUCAUAAGAUUCCUGAUUACUACACUAUACUCUGGUACCAGCGCUCAGUGGGAGACACUGCCCUGAAACUUAUAGGGUUUGUUUAUUACAAAACUAUUACCGUUGAGUCUCCGUAUCAGGACAUCUUCGAUGUGAGUGGAGAUGGUGAGAAAGAAGCCUACCUUCAUCUCUUCAAACUGAGGCAACCUAAAGAUGAUGGACGAUAUUUCUGUGCAGCUUAUAUGACACAGUGGUACAGAGCUCAGCUCCGCUCUACAAAAACCUUUCAGUGAUCAACAGGCCCUUCAGUACACCUGUAUCAAACCACAAUAACAGUCCUGAACUCAGAGGAGAGAGAAAGAGGGAGACAGAGAGAGGGGCGGAGUGACAGAGAUAGAGUGAGUUGAAGAAAAAGAGAUAGAGACAGAAAGCAUCACUAGGGAUAUCAUAUCCUGUCUUCACCAAUAAGAACCAUGAAGCAGUGUAUGUUAGUUGGUGUAGGUUAGCUAGUGUAGGUUAGCUAGUGUAGGGUAGCUGGUGUAGGUUUGCUUGUGUAUUGCAAGUGGCAGAUCAUAAUGUCUGCUCUUCUUGUUCCUAUGGCCGCAGAAGGCUGUUUACGUUUUGGAACUCUGUUUGCUGUAUUCAAGUUUUUUUUAAAUUGUGUGUCCACUUUUUAAAAAGAGGCCUGGGGCCCACCGUCAGUUGGCUUUACUAAAUAAAGGAUAAAUAAUUUAUUCAUAAUUAAUUUAUUUUAUAAACACAUCAAAUGGAGAUCUGAAUACACACACUGUGACAAG